AUGUGGUGUGAUUCAUGUUCCAGGACACAUCAAAGUAACAGAAAUACAUCUACCGAAAACUCUUCUUUGAAUGAUCAACAAGCCGUUGGAAACAACAAUUCUAUUAAUCAACCAGCUGGCGAAAAUGUUAGUGAACAUAUGUGCUGUCCUCAAUAG